AAGGGAACGUAAGGGGGAAGAAUAUUUUCUUGUAUAUGCCCCGCCCGUUACGUCUCCUGAUUGGCGGAAAACAUGUGGUGGUACUGAUGGGCGGGGUUUCAGAUUUCUCCAUGGUGUCAGACUGUUUCGUGCAUCUACUGUGAACUACGUGUAAGUUGCCGUCUUAUUCUUAAUCGGUUUUGAUUAGCAACUAUGGACGCUCUUCUGAAUACGUUAUUUUCUUCUGAGGAGGAAGAAUUGUACGUUUUGGAUUGCUUAUCGUAUCUGAUGAUGGCCAUGGCUCUGAUAACUUUUGUUGCUUUACUCUUUGAGCAUGUGCCCUAUGGCAGGUAUGCAUCCAGCAGGUUUGGAUUCCCUGUAAAUGUCAAGUUGGCUUGGUUCGUUCAAGAGCUGCCUUCUUUUUUGUUGCCUUCGAGUUUAGCUUUAUGGAGUUCAAGUUCAAAAAUAAUCCACCUGCCCAACCAACUCCUCCUGCUCAUGUUCGUUUGCCAUUAUAUGCAAAGGUCUCUCAUCUACCCGUUUUUAAUUAGAGGAGGGAAAUCAACACCGUUCAUCUCCCUAGUACUAGCCUUUGUCUUCUGCAUCUAUAAUGGGUACCUCCAAGGUAGAUACCUGAGUCACUAUGCUGAUUACCCAGCUGAUUGGGUUACACACCCCUGCUUCAUCAUAGGGUCUUGUAUGUGGUUCCUGGGAUGGAUUAUUAAUAUGCACUCUGACCAUAUCCUCAGAAACCUCCGUAAACCUGGAGAAACAGGUUAUAAAAUACCUAGAGGAGGCAUGUUUGAGUAUGUGUCUGGAGCAAACUUCUUUGGAGAGAUUGUGGAAUGGGCUGGAUUUGCUUUAGCUGGUCAAUCCAUCCAUAGUGCAGCUUUUGCUCUCUUCACUCUUAUCGUGCUGUCCUGCAGAGGAAUGGACCAUCACAAGUGGUAUCUGGCAAAAUUUGAGGACUAUCCAAAAUCAAGGAAAGCUUUAAUACCGUUUCUGCUCUGAUCUUCUGUUUAUUCCCCUCAGAUGUUCGUGGUCAAUCUGGAGCAGCUAGAGGUGUCGGGUCGAGCCGUGAGCAAUCUGUCGGACCCUUCUGUGGAGAAAUAUCCCCAGCCAAAGCAAUGAUGAAACCCCCCUGCAAACCGUAUUGUAGGCACACAUAACCUUUUUGCAACACUGCGCAACCCCUUCAACAUGGGUUUAAGGUGAUAGUUUGCAUAAAAAUGAAAAUAUGCUGUUAAAUCACUUACCCCCAGGCCAUCCAAGAUGGAAGUCACAUAGUAGAAAGUUUUUUUUUUUUUGGUAUUUGUGAUUCAUAAAACACAUGUAAUCACUUUUAGAGUCAAAAAUAUAUACAGGCAAAUUAAAAUGAAUACCUGUGGUAGACUUACAGUUGAAAACAAAGCGAUUAGACCUCAAAUAUUUCCCAAGUGAUGUUUAAGAGAGAACAAGUACAAUUUUCAUAGUAUUUCCUGAUAUAUUUUUCCUCUGGAGCAAGUCUUAUUUAUUCUAGUUUGACUUGAAUUAUAUUAUUAUUAUUUUUAAAACUGCUAAGGUCAAUAUUAGUGGCCCCUUAUAGGUAGAGAGAUCUGGAAAAUGCUAACUUUAGUCUUUUAGCAUUAAAAUGCAAAUCCCUAAAUGCAAACUGCCAUCCAAAGUCAUGAACGUGCACAUGAUAGACAACCAUAGACAACGUAACACUACAUCAUGAGCCAGAAGAAAUCUGUGGACAUUUUUUGCUAUUUCUACCCAGAAUUUUGUUAAAAAUCUUCGGAUUUAUACGGAAUGAUAUUAGGUGUAUCAUAACUAAAAUCUUAAUAUAUAAAAUAAAAAGUAAUACCUAUAUAACAUCUACUUAAUGUUUACAAUGCAAAUCCAUCUAGAUCUACUUUAUUUGGUAAAAAAAAGCAAGUCUCUAAUAUAAUAUAUCUACUAAAAGACAGAAAAUAUAACUGUACAAACUGUAUUGUAAAUAAAUCAUAUGAAUUGAAAAACGGAAUACAUGUAAAUUUACACACAAUUAACUAAAUAAACAGAAUCAAUGAUGGGCUAAACUCUGCGGAAUUCUGUGCAUGCAGAUUCCAUGUGGGACUAAUCAUGAGUCAUUCUACACUCGAAAAAUUUCUCUUAAAAACUUACUUAAAAAAAUCUUUGUAACAAUUUGCACAUAAACAUUUCAAGUAAAUUUGACAUUCUUAUAUCAAAUACAUUUAACUUGUCCAUAUCAUGUAAAAUUUACUUAAUGUUUAAUCUAACAGUCCUAAAUUAACGAAGUAAAAGUUAAUUGAGAAUCUUUCAUUUUGAGUCUAUAUUUAUUCAAAUAAAUCAAGUAAUGUCAAGUUCAUGUUUUAGCAAAAGGUUCACGGCUUUGUUAUAAUUUAAAUAAAUCUUAUUGGUUACAGAUUAGUACAUCUGGUAUAACUUGUUUAAUUAAAACACACAUUUCCACUGACUGAAAUUUAUGAAAGAGACUUUCAAAUAGCACAACAAAAAAUGUUUCUGAAGACAAUCACCUGUUGCACCUUUUAAGGGGUGGUCCAGAGUGUAUUUUUAAGGCUUGGUUGUGUUUAUGGUGUGCAAAGCAAUGUGUCCUCAUGCUUCAAUCACGUUAAUUUUUAUAAAUCUUACUUUGAUUAUAUACUUCUACUGAGCUACCAUGAAAACGACUGUCAUAUUUCCUAGUUCCUCUAAAAGCCCGCUCUCAAAAGGCUCUGAUUGGUUACUUUUUAUAAUGUGCUUUGAUUUGCGGAUCGGCUCCACGUCACCUGGAAGUUACACAUCCAGUCAUGCCUCUACUAGCAUGUGCUUUCCCUUUGCUGUGUAAAUACUGUCAGUCAGUAUAGCUGUUAGCUGUAUCAGCUUGAGCCUGAAUUAGACAUAAAACGAAGAGGAUACGGCUGAACCUCAAGCCUGAUUUCUAAAAUAAAAUCUGUCAAGUGUCUUUCAUAUAUAUUUGGGCUAUAAGCAUGUGUAAAUAGUUUGAAACGUUCACACAUCUAUUGUGAGUUUGUUUUUUGAGAUGUAGAAAGCACAGAAAGCGGCCGCAUAGAGAGACACUGCAGCGCUGGUAAAGAUUGUGGCUGGAUAAAUAUUAAUGGAUAAAUAUGAAUUUGUAGCUUAAUUGUUAAUGGUGCGAAACCUCUUUUCCCGUUGUUUACAUCCGUGUUUACGUUCUUGAUACAACACACCGUUAAGGCAAGGCAAGGCAAGUUUAUUUAUAUAGCACAUUUCAUACACAGUGGCAAUUCAAAGUGCUUUACAUAAACAGGAAUAAAAAAGACAAGUUUAAGAC